UUUAUCAAUAAAAACUGUCUUAUUUCCUUAUCAUUUGUAUUGUUAUCAAAUAACUAUAGAUGAAAAUAAAGAAUCCUGAUCGGUCAUCUGUAGCAGUUCUCGUUGCUCCUUUAUUUAGUUGCUGAUCCGUUGCUCCUUUAUUUAGUUGCUGAUCCGUUGCUCCUUUAUUUAGUUGCUGAUGCGUUACUCCAGACCGUGAGUCCCGUGGUCCUCACCAGUGUUCAGUGUUCACAUCCUCACUCGCUGCCACCGCCUCACGCUCACUCAGCUCAUCCACUUUCCACGACACACCCACUUCCAUCAGUUAUCUCCCACAGCUGUUUUAUUUCCCCUCAAUAAAUGUUUUGUUUGUUUCUCCCAUGCAGCUCUUAAAUUAGUUCAUUCUUUCUCUUUUAUUGUUUUGUCAACCUCCCUCUUCUUCUUCUUUUUGUAUCAUCCCCUUCUCAUUCCAUGUGUAGUCCAAAGACGGGGCAUGAGUUACUGGAGGAGGCUCGCAUGCAGGGCCUGCCAUUCGCCCAGUGGGACGGACCGACGGUCGUGGUUUGGCUGGAGCUGUGGGUGGGCAUGCCGGCCUGGUACGUGGCUGCGUGCCGUGCCAACGUGAAGAGCGGGGCCAUCAUGUCUGCGCUGUCGGACACAGAGAUCCAGAGAGAGAUCGGCAUCAGCAACCCGCUGCACCGCCUGAAGCUCCGCCUCGCCAUCCAGGAGAUCAUGUCGCUCACCAGCCCGUCGGCUCCACCCACCUCCAGAACGACCACAGGAAACGUGUGGCUCACACAUGAAGAGAUGGAGAAUUUGGCAGCCACACCUCCCACGGAGGAUGAUGAGGGCAGCUGGGCCCAG